GGGCGUUACUGGGCAUGCGUAAAGCAGCACCUGAGCUCUGUAAUGAUUACGGAGCGAGACGGGCGCGCGCAGGGAGGGAGAAGGAGAUUAUCUGCGCGCGACUCCGCUCUCUUAAUCCACGCCGAGCAGAUAGACUUUGUAAAACUACCAGGAUGAAACGAAGCAGCCAUAUUGUAUGGACAUUACUUGGGAAAUCAGUAUUUCAAACUUAGUAAAUUCAUUAGUUACGGGAAUACGGGCCUUGGAUUGAAUUAGAAAAAAUCAUAUUGCUUCUACUCAAGAUACCCUUUUAAAAUAUUGUCGCAGUAAGUCUGAGUCCUGCUUGCUUUUUUAGUUAUUUAUUGUUAGAUUGUUCUUUAAAUUGUUGACGCGAUUGCGAAGUUAUCAGAAAUGAAAGACAGACUGGAACAACUUAAGGCGACAUGUGACACGGAUGAUGUUGAAGAUGUGGAAAUUGCUGUGGACAAUCCAGCCUUUAUGGAUGAGUUCUUUGAUCAGAUUGAUGAGAUUCGCACCAACAUCGAAAAGAUGGAAGGGAGUGUGACUGAAGCCAAGAGACUCUACUCGCUCAUCCUGUCCGCUCCCACCUCAGACCAGAAAACUCAAGAUGACUUGGAGGCCAUCACUAACAAUAUCAAGAAAAGGGCUCGAAGCACUCACAGCAAACUUAAGAGUAUCGAGCAGAACCUGCUGAGAGAAGAGGAGAGGGCUUCCACAGACAUGCGCAUCCGUAAAUCACAGCAUUCUGUCCUGUCCAGAAAAUUUGUGGAGGUGAUGACCAAGUACAACGAGGCCCAGGUGGACUUCCGGGAGAGGAGUAAAGGGCGGAUUCAGCGACAGCUGGAAAUCACUGGCAAAACUACAACCGACGAGGAGCUGGAGGAGAUGCUGGAGAGUGGGAACGCAGCCGUUUUCACAGCAGGGAUCGUGGACUCUGGCAUCUCGAAGCAAGCGCUGAGUGAGAUCGAGGCUCGGCACAAAGACAUCGUGAAGCUGGAGAGCAGCAUCCGGGAGCUGCAUGAGAUGUUCGUGGACAUCGCCAUGCUGGUUGAGAACCAGGGUGAAAUCGUAGACAACAUCGAGGUCCACGUGUCCAAAGCGGUCGAUCAUAUAGCGGUGGCCAAGAUCGAAACCAAAAAAGCCGUCAGGUACCAGAAGAAGUCCCGCAAGGUAGCUCGCUCCAGCCAGCCCCGUCCUGUCCCUUGUGCUCCUGCACCCUGCGGCCUGGUGGCCCGGGUUUGGUAUUUGAGUGACAGAUGUUUAAGCCUUGUGUCUUUGCGACACUCUGUCCCGUUACUUCUGUCCCUCUUCUUCGCUGUUUCCACCCUCUUUAAAAAAUUGUAUUUAUCCUCACGCUUGACUCCACCGAUUCUGGUCAGGGUGGCAUGAUUGACAGGAUUGAGAACAAUAUGGACCAAUCGGUGGGUUUGGUAGAGCAGGCACUGCCAGACACUAAGACAGCUGAGGCCCAUUGGGUGAGUGGUAAUAGGUGGUGACACCCCCGUGCCCCACUGUAACCGCAAUGAUCCCAAACCCGAUUUCCCAUCAUCCCUCGGAUUCAGUAAUGCCUGUACAAAGCACUAACUCACUUCAGCCUAAUUGUCAUUAUAGUGUAAAUACAAAAGUAUCUAAUUAACCAGAAAGGGGCCAAUUAGAAAUAUGAACAUUACACGAUGCACUUGGUUCUUAAAAACCAAUCUCAAAUGAAAACAAUUCUUCAUAACAUUUACACAGCUUGGAUAUUCACACUUGAAUGAGAUCCAUAUGGACUAGUUCAUACACGCAUUACUGCCUAAAUGCUAGAAUGUUUCAUUAAUGUUAAGAAUUGGUCGUAGACCGCCUUUGUGGUAGGUAAGCAAAAUACCAGACACACACACCCAGUGCUGUGCCUCUCGCAAUACUGCGGUGCACCAUGAUCAGGCCGAUGUACUGACUGUUCGAACAAAGGGGUGUACAUUUUAUUCCUGUAAGCCCAGCAUGACUUAACUACAUGUAACCUCUGUUUCAGUAACUACCAGCCUGUUUUUGUAGCGAUCAUGAGUGUAAGCAUUAAUCUCUCUCCCCCUUUCAUGACAUUCUUCCCUUAUCGAGAGCCUCAGUGUUUCUGUCAGUCCUCAUUCUGACUCGCCAUGCAAGUCAAUAAAUAGACUGAACCAGACGGCAUCUACUGGAAAACCUGACCGUGUCCUUUGGCAAAGGAGAGCUCCUCUCACCCGUCGCCCAAGUGCAUGGUCACACACGCGCACACUCUUUUCUUUCCAUUUUCCCUCUUUUUUUUUUUUUUUCUUUUUUUUUCUUUCUUCUUCACCUUUCAUCUCUACUGCCCGUGGUUAUUUUAUAGUCGGACUCACUGCUCUGAUGUUUGGAGCCCCUGCUGAUUUUUUUGGACUAGCCGGAGUUUUGGGGGUCUGAAGGCGUGUCCAGCAGAGGUGCUCCAGGCAGAUCACGGAGUUUGUCUGUCGUUGUGACAUCGUGACGUUAAUCUGUGUUGCUAUGGUGACAUAUGUGUAAGUGUCUGUAGAUCUGGGGAGGAAGAUAAAAAAAAAAAAAAAAAAUUAAAAA